AUGAAGAUAGGUCAGGUGAAUUUCACGAUCUUCGUGAUGGUUCUGAGGGCCAGUUGGCGUCAUGAUCGGAACCGUGCCGUACCGUGCUGUCAGAUUCUCAGGCACCAAAUCUGUACCAUUGUCUCACUGAUACCCGUGAUGGGGUUCACUUGGAUCUUCGGGCUGGCCCCUAUCGGACCUGGCACAGUUCUCUUCCAGUACAUUUUCACGAUAAUUAACCCAGCCCAGGGCAAGGUGGAAACCAGAGUUGACACUUUCCAAGUAGUGGACACCGGAAAUGACGUGAAUCUGAGUCACGUCUUCCUUAACAGACGCCGUGUCCUGCUGAGGCGGUGCGCCAGCAAGGCGGCCUUGUGGCGAGGAGAUGGAUCUGUGAAGAGGCUGGUGAUCAGCAAACGCUACCACCUCGCCUACUGUCCCGUGCCCAAGAUCGCCUCCACGUUUUGGUCAAACCUGUUGCUAGAGAAUAAAUUGUGGGAAGAGCCAACCAGCCAUCACGAUCGUCUGGCGGACGUCGGCGCCAACAAAUCCACUCUACAUCUACGAAACCUAGAGUUUGAUGUGGGUUACUGGUUUCUAAAACAUUACAAGUCCAUCCUUCUUGUUCGGAACCCUUAUACACGCCUCCUAGCGGCGUUCAUCGAUAAAUUCUACUCUCCAAACCCGCUCUACUGGAAACUCGGGAAGUUAAUCAUCCGAAAGUUCCGCCCAAACGCGGGAGCACUGUCUCUUCGCUGUGGGCAAAAUGUGAAGUUCUCAGAGUUCGUAAAAUACGUCAUAUUCGACAUAAAACGAGGAAAUUCCGAUCAGCACUGGAAACCGAUAUACCAGAGGUGUAGCCCCUGUCAACUGGAAUAUGACAUAAUCGCUAAGCUGGAAACAAUCAGUACCGAAGGAGACUAUAUCAUUAGGCGGUAUUUACCUCAAACAACUUUUAAAGACAUGCCCAGGGAAACCGCUAUGCUUCGCCUUAAAAUGAAUGUUGAUAAUUUUUUUCGUUUCUUCCCCCCAUCGGUGAGAUACUGUAUGCCAUUCCCUGAUGCUCUUCGCAGGCUUUUAAAGAAACUUCAGGUAAGGGGUAUGAUAAAUAAAGACAUAGAGCUGCCUCGUCAAUGGCGUCUCCUAUUCAGCGUCUCACACGCUGAUGUUCUGGCGUUCAUGCGCGAGGCCUACCAGCGCAGCUCUGGCAAUAUGUCGGUCCUGCUGAACAGACGAGAGGCUCUGGUGGAGGCUUUCAGCACAGUCUCGAUGGACGACCUCAGACAAAUCAGAGAUAUAUAUGAACCAGACUUCAAAUUGUUUGGUUAUGACCCAGAGCCAGACUAUUUAUUUAAGAGAUCAACAGAUCAAGUAAAGCUGUUUUAUUUUUCGUAA